GUUGCCAAAUACCGGACAGAAUAUCUCUCGAGGCUAUCCUUCUAUGGAAGCGGCUAUUGAUGACUGGUAUAAUGAAGUUAGAAACUAUAAUUACAACACGGGCUCAAAUAAACCUGGUAGCAGUACGGGACAUUUUACGCAAGUGGUUUGGAAGGGAACCACUCAAAUUGGGUGUGGAGCUACGUACUGUAAUAAUUACAGACAGACAUUUUAUGUUUGUAACUAUAAUCCUUCAGGAAACUAUAACGGUCAGAAUCGGGCUAAUGUCAUUCAUCCAUAAAAUAUCGAAUAAAAAUUAUCCCAUCCAUCGGCAUUCAUUUUUUUUUAAAUGUGUUUAGUUAUCAAAAAAGGGGUUGGGAUUAUAUGAGACUUUACAUCUAUAAUAAAUCACUGUCAAUUGGUGGCAUCAAUCUAUCAAGAUGCAUCUACAAGUCAGGCUCCAGUUGUUAUAUCAGAAUGAUUGAUAUCCCAUUUACAUUGCUUUGGCUUUUCCUCUUUUUACGCGUCAACAACUUUACAAAUUCAGAAAAGAAGAGUCUACCACCCCUGGAGACCUCUAACAUUCAACUUUUACGAAACCUGCGUUUGGCAGUAACUGUAUUAGAGAACAAGGUCAAUACGUUCAUAAUGGAAAACAAAAUAUUGGAAUUAAGAUACAAGUCAUUGUCAGAUGAUUAUCUGAAUUUGAGACGUGAGAAUCUCAGAUUAAAUGAAUCGCUUCUGCAUUCACUUCGAUAUCAAGGUGUCUCUCAAAAUUCAUUGAUUGGUCAGGUACCAAAACAAGCUCCAACCCGAACAACGUCUACUGUGAAAACAUCUACAAGUCGACCACCUGAAGUGAACAAAAACCAAACCAGAUCGCUUACAGAAACUGAGAUACUGCGUCAGAAUAUGUUAGACGUGAUGUAUCCGUUACGCCAUCCUCUUCCUUCAAUCCUUCGCUCUUCUCGAGACGACAGGGCAAACCCCGAUCGUACUCAAUCUAUCCGCCGUGUGCAUUUCGAUCAAUCGGGUAAUUUAUCUCAACAGGACAAUUCUGAACAAGAGUCCCGUAAGAGACCCAAUGAUGCACAAAUUCAACAAGAUGAUUCAAAAAAGAAAUGUCAGCGUAAUAAGUAG